AUGGACCUUGAGACAGACCUGGUGACCAGCUCAGGUGGGAGGCUGGCCUGCCCUCUGAAGGCCACCCCCAGGGCUCACCUCACCUUUAUGAUCGACUGUUCUCGUGGGAAGCAGCUCUCCCUGCUAUCACCCCCAGUGCGGGACCUGGCCCUCAGCCCCCACCUAGGGCCUGCCCCCCCUCCAAUGAAGACCUACAUCUUCUUCUGUGGGGAAACCCAGCCCCAUCUGGCCCACGAGGCCCCCCUGGGUGGAGGGAACCGUGCUCAGGCCAGGGGGGCCCUGCCAGCCUUCGGAGGGCCUGUGGUCCCGGCUUCCACUCCCGUCAGCCCCCUCUGCCCCCAGGAGGCUCCUGAAGCCAAGGGGAGUCCCCCGAAGACUGUGUCUGUGAGACACUCUGCCUGGGGAGCAGUCAAGGACUCCCUCAAAGGGCUCCUCUCCUCCUGUGUCUGUGGGAGAGCCGAUUAA